AUGGGUAAUUGGCGAUCGAUAGGCUGCUUUGCACACCUUAUAAAUUUAGUUGUACAAAGAGCUACAGAACAAAUAUCAGAUACGUUAGUGAAGGUUAAGUCUAUUGUCGAGUAUUUUAAAAGGAGCUCCCAAGGUCUGCAUAAAUUGCAAGAGUCCCAACGGCAAAUGAAUCUGCCACUAUUAAAAUUAAAACAGAAUGUCCCAACUCGAUGGAACUGGACAUAUGAGAUGUUAGAUAGGGUGGUUACAAUAAAAGAUGCUGUAAUUACAACAAUAGCACUAACGCGAAAUGACCUUUCGCUACAAGAGGACUGGUCUAUUAUAGAGGAAGUUCUACCUCUGCUUCUCCCAUUCUAUGAGGUGACAACAGAAAUUAGUGCAGAGAAAAACGUCACUCUAUCAAAAGUUAUUGUUAUGUGUAAAAUGAUAGAGAGAAUACUUGCAAAAAGUUCUGCAAACCACUCUAAAGUGCAAGCAGUUCUAGAGGUUUUGAAGAAAGAAAUGAAUGCCAGAUUUCAAAAUAUAGAGAACAACAUCUUGUUUGCAAAAUGCACUGUUUUGGAUCCAAGAUUCAAAAAACGUGGUUUCAAAAAUGCAGACUGUUUUGAAAAAGCAGUACAAGGACUGAGGAAUAAAGUUGGUUCUGGUCAAAUACCUCAUACAAAUGAAGCAAAUGAUUCAUUUGACGGAAACGGCCUUCGGCACCACCAACAUCAACAAAAAGCAUAUAUACGGGAGGAGUAUGACGAGGAAAGUUUAAAAAUAAGCAGGCCUGAAAAUAAAAAAGUAUCUGGGAUCAAGGAGCUAGAUAGGUAUUUGAACGAGGACUAUUUAGAAAGAAAAAGUGAUCCACUAGAAUGGUGA